AUGUAUCUCAGAUGUUUUGAUCAAUUGGUUCAUGUAUUCCUGCACAUGAACCGCUAUCCUAUCUGGACGAAAUUUGCCGUGGUUACCCAAGAAGUGAUUAUGAACACCCAAGCGACCACCGUUGUCAUGGAAUUGGGUGUACGGCUAAUGACAAUGUGCCUACCCUCGAACCACAUAACAAAGGUCGUGGAUCAUUUACCAGCAUGGAAACUUCUUGUCGCCCAAGUAGCGCUACCCCUCAUUAUUGCAGCACCAUUCUACUGUAUUUCCAAUUUUCAGUAUGGUGUUAAGGGUACGAACGUCCCAGUACUUCUUAGUGCUCAUGACGUUUACUAUGAUGCGUCUACCUUCAUCAUCGGGCUAGUUUAUGGAGUGGCGGCUGUGGUCCUCUGUCUUUGCGGUUAUGUUUAUAUGUUCGAUACCAUUCGAAGGAAAGGGGCUCGAGUAGAAUUCAAAAUAUUGCUUCAUGGUGUGUGCCUAGUGAUGGCAUUGAUAGCCGUCAUCUUUUCCAGAUUUUGCCAACGAUUUCAAUUUGGCGAGGUACAGUAA